AUGGAAAAAUACGAGUGUGAUAAGGACCUAUAUAUGGUAUUUGUGGAUUACAAACAAGCUUAUGAAAGUGUAAAUAGGAAAGAACUAUGGAAAGCAAUGAUACUUUUUGGAAUCCCACAAAAAUAUGUUAACUUAGUAAAAAUGUAUGCUUUAUCGCCAACUUUAUUUAACCGGGGAUUAGAAAAAGUUAUCAGAGAAUCCUAUGAAGGACGAACAAUGGAAGUUCUUGGUGAAGAAACUGUUUUAGCAUAUGCUGAUGACAUAGUUAUUUUAGGGAAUACGCGAGAAGAAGUUACCUGCUCAGUUUCUAAACUAAUAUAA